AUGAGUCGGGCCUUCGGUCCACCGUUGCCACGGCAACCCAAAUCCCAUUACAGGAAAGUCCCCUCCGCUCACCCCCCACUCUCGAGGAGUCUCCAGCGCUGCUCCCUCCGGCCACACGGUGGCGGUGCAGAGCCGAGCUCCGCGCCUCCUGGGCCCGCUCCCCACCCGCAGGCUGAGCGGGUCACGGCGUGCGGGACGGAGACGGGCUGUCCCCGGGGCUCACCCACCGCGUCCCUCCGGGGAGUGGGUUCGCGCUCACGUGACCGGCCUCUACCCGGACAACCGCUCUCGGGGCCCCGCUGCCAGACCGGCUCAGCGCACCUGGCGGGCACCGACCCGGCCCUGCUUGGGCGCAGCGCCCGCACUGCGGGGCCCACACGACGAGAGAAGAAAAGACAGGAGAGAUACCACACCACCACUUCAUCAUCUAUGGAGCUUACUUUUGAAAGUGUUGCCAUGACCCGGCUUGAACCCAGGACACAGUAUAUGCUAAGGUCUGGUUUCUGCCCUCAUCAGAGUGAGGGGGCACAAGUCCAAAUCAGCAAGGCCUGCAGCUGGAGAAACCUUCCUGAUAAGGAGCCCCUUCAAGCACAGAUGAAGAAAAAAAAAUUGUGGUCUGGGAGGUGGGCAGUGGAUAAAAAAAGAAUAUAAAUAGAGCCUCACUCUGGCACCAGCAUACC